UCUCGACGGCAACGGCGUGGUGGACUUCAAGGAGUUUAGCCGCCUCAUCAAACAGGCCGUCGACGUGGCGGCGGAGCUGGAGGACAAGGACCGGGUCUGCGGGUACAAGAUCGGGAGUACCGUGCUGCUCAUGAUUAAGGUGGAGGGCCUGAAGGACAAAGAGGAGGGCAUCGUGGUGGGCCCAGGCACCCAGCCGGACACCGUCAUGGUGCGCUUCGGCAGGCCUGGGCUCGUGGCCGCCCGGCAGAGCUUGAGCCUCAAGCCGACGCAGAUCAGGCCGCAGAAGCCAUGAGAGUGAGUGAUAGGCUGUGUGGCAGCUCGGCCAGGGUUUAACUCGCCUUGCCGAAGCACAGACCUUCGAGCAGCUCACUGAACACCGCCAGGCCUGGCAUUACGUCAAGGCAGCCAGCCGCUCAUGCUGCCAUGCCCCGCCUCCAAGAACCCCUCCCUGCCCCACCGCGCUGCCGACGCCGCGCGGCACCGUGCGAGCCGCUGGCGCCAGCUGAGAAUUCACAGUCGGGCCGCUGAAGAAGGAAGCCUUUUCGUCGGGGAGGGGCUCUGCGUCGAGGAUGUCUGGGAAUCCGGCCGCGUGUGCCUCCCAGCUUCCCAGCAGCUGCUCCCCGACCUCCUGGUGGGCACUCUGCGCCUUUGCACACGCAGAGCGGCCAGCGCCGCCGGCCAGUUUUUGCCGGGCGGACCGCGUCUCAGACUCGGGCCGAGGGUGCCGUGGGAGCGAGGAGGGG